AUGCUUGAACAAAUGAACAAACUUCAACACUCACAACUUCAAGCUCUGACGGCAAUAAAUAGCCAAUUGGAUAACAUUCCACAACACGCAAACGGACAGAACAUCGAUAGUUUAGUCAAUGGUUUAAAGUUCAGGCGUAGACUAAGUUUUCAACAGCAAUCAUCUUUACCACUGCGACCGGAAAUUUCAGAUGGAAAGAACAUCGAUGGUAUAAUGGAAGUGGAAGAAGCUAAUGAUUCCUUCUCAUCGUUAAAGCGGUCAUCAAAAAUUUUGAAUCGUAAUGCGAAAGAUCUAACUUCUGGCAAUAAUACCGGAGAACUAGAUUGGAAGUAUCUCUUGGCGGAACCAAAUUCUGAUCCGGAGAACAUGAAUGAGAUGGAUAAUAGCAUGGAAGAAAAGGAUGACGAUGAUAUAUCGUUACGACGGCGGAGGUUUAAAAAUCUACCUAAUCUUACGAUAAAUACGAAUGCCAACUCGUCACAUCAUUUAAUAACUCCCGAAUCUUCUGAUUCAGAGUUUGAUAUCUCAACUGCACAUAUGCCAUUUGCGCCUACUCUGGGUGAAUGUAGAAAUCCUCUGCGUGUCUCGAGACACAGUUCGUCCGAAAUCUACAAGGGUGAUAGGCGUGGUAUAGUAUUUAAUUCGAUGGAUGAAGUGAUCGAAGAGGAAAGGGGGUCAUUGUCGGAUGCUGCCGAACAUAAGAUUGUUGACGAACGAUCCUCUGAAGAUGGAGCUAGGACACGAGGCAAACAAACGAUAUCAGCGAAUGGACGAAGGCAUCCACAAAAAUAUGUGGACGAAUAUGACACAGAGGCGGACAUCAAAAAAUCAAACCGAAUGAACCUUCAGUCACAGAUAAAUGGGUCUUACCCGAUUGCUGAAGUGCAAGAUUAUAGUUGCAGUGUAUUAUCCGACUGGAUGAAAUUGGCGCGUUGA